UAUGAGCUGUAUUUUACUGUUGAGGUGUACCACAUUAUUCCAUGCUACAGGUGUACCGGUAUGAGGGCGAUACCGCUGGCUGCCCUAGUGGCGGCUUUAACAGUGGGUUUUGGCAGGUGCGCGUAUAUUUACACCAAAUCGUGGCCAGUGUCUGUGAGUAUGGCAGGCGGCACUCUGCUCUACAUAGACGGCUACGGCUUCAGUAAGGACCAGUUUAACCAGUUUGACCCAACACUUGGCAAUAAAGUCGUCUUGGUGAACGAGGUUGACACCAUUCCUUGUGACGUUAUUACCCAUCUCACCAGUACGUCCAGGAUUGUCUGCAAUACAAGACCACGAACCAACAUGAAGGCUCCAGAGGUGUAUACAAUCAAGGCGUUUGUUGAUGGAGACGAGGUGGAGGGAUACAAAGUAAAGUACGUGGCUAGUUUUGGUCCGAGUGUGAGGGGAGUGAUGCCAGUAUGGGACGUGGUCGGGCAGAUGGUGCAGGUGACAGGAUGGUUCUUCACCAACAGUUACCAGCUGAUCAACACCUCAGAUCCUCUGAAUUCAGUAACAUCCAGUGUCAUCCUUUCCAAGGUGUACAUGGGAGGGCAAGAAUGUGAAAUGCACAACACAACCACUGACGAACUCUACGGACCAUUUUCAAGAUACUCCCUCGUAUGUAAGGUCCUUAGCACGUACGCCGGGCCUAUGAACACCUCCCUGUACGUGACCACCCGAGGGAACUCAGUCAACGCAAUUUGGAGCUUGUAUGUGGAUGCCCAAGACCGUCUUUAUCAAUAUCACACCUUCCCCGUUGUGAGCAGUGUGUCUCCACGCACCAGCUCCUCAGGGGGCGGCGCCCUUCUUACCAUCAAGGGUGUUGGUUUUGACGCUCAUCCCGGCGCCACAGUGGUGCGUGUAGGUGGUGCCAGCUGCCAGGUGAAGGAGAUUAAUAACACCAGGAUCACCUGCCUGGCACCUCCCCAGUCCCAGACUACCCCUGCCUCAGGUGAGAGAGGACUGCUGCUGGAGACAUGGGAAGGUCUCUUCUUCAAUGACCUGACGACAGAGGUAGCCCAGAAUCUCCUCACUCCUGAACACCAAAACUACUCAGCAGUCGUCCAGAACUCCACCAACUUCAGGUUCAACAUAACUAAGCCUUCCUCCGUCCGGAUCUCAGGUCACCUCCAGGUUGCCCACGACGGAGAUUACUCACUGUCCCACCCUCUUUAUUCGCGUACAUCCUGGCUAUAUAUUGCUAGUGAUGGCAACGUCGAUAAUAAGACUCUAGCGCAAUCUAGGAUGCACUUCAGCCUUCAGAGGGACACCCCAGCCUACGUGGAGAUUCUUUACAGUGGAUCAGAUACAAACUUCGUCCUCCAAAUGGAAGACUACAACGCCAAGUUCAGCGCUUCACAAUCUGCCGCUGCCAAGAAUGAGCGACAGUUUGUCCAGCUCUUCCUUGGGGUCAGGCACGAGGUCCAGCGCUUACAGGUCACUGGAGACGUGUCCUCGAUGUCCUUUUACCUGAAUGGGUUUACCUCUGGCCCCGUCACUAAUGUUUCCGACGCCAUUCAGGUCCGCUCGGCCCUCAUGUCCUUGGUGGAGCAGCAGUGUCAGAUUGAGGGAGACGACAUUAAGUUCUCCGAAGCGACGGGUUUCGAACCAGGGGAUCAAUUUAGUGGUCACCGUGGCAUCCUCAAGGAAGAUUUGGAACCCUAUUGUGGCAGGUUUUCAUCCCAAUUCGUCAACUACAACUUCAUGUACUACCAGAGCCAUUACAGCAAGAUGGUCGAUCCGUAUACGUAUGGUUAUAUGUGCUUCGCGAUCCGUGGUAAGGUGGAGAACAAGAUGGAGGUGUGGUUGUAUGGGCCAAGAAUAAUGGAAACAAAACGAUCUGUGAACAGUAUAAGUUAUUCUACGAGAAGGACAUUCAUACAACACAACUUUACCAGUACUGAGAAGAGCUGGUCGUAUCAAUGCCUGAAGUUGCUCGACCAACAAGAGGGAGAUGACAGUUACUUGUACAACCCGACGCCCAUGAGAGUGAAGGCUGUGUACCCACCUCGUCCCGUAGACAAAAACGCCCCCAUCUACUUCGAUGAGGUGGCCUUCGUUGAUCAGAGUAUUACAGUGACACAGGGGCGGCCGUCAGCCCUCAAGAGUCAUGGUAUCCUCGUGUCUAACGUGACGGUGACACCUGUUCAGAGAGCCAACAACACCCUGGUCUACGAUAUUGCGUUUCCCACUGUUAACUGCGUCGGGGAUUUCCCUCUUCUAGGUGUUGUGACAGAAGAUAUGAACCUUGGCUGGAAGAGUGAACUAGCCAGUGCCAACAAUUACACCUUUACCCUGGAUGGUGGCAAUGUGAUCGUCGGCAGGCAGCGGGAGGCAUCACAUGUAGUGAGUGGCAGCUGGGCCCUGGAUAUUGAGAACAUUGCUAUUAAAGGAAUCUCACCUUUGGCAUCGCGGCGGGAGGUACAGGACUUGAUAGCGGGAGGACUAGGUGUGAAGGGCGUGGAGGUGACCGGCCAAGGGAACUGUUACGGCUUCUCCUGGUAUAUUGAGUGGACUGAGCACCCGGGCAGGAAGACUCUCGCUAAGGUUAACGACGAGGACUUAGUGUUUGAUGGCGAUUCCCUCUCGUUGGGAAUACGAAGAGUGGCAGAAGGAAAAAUCUUGCACUCUCCUCUCAGCCUCGAUUUUCUCACCGUCAGGAGGACUGAGCCAUAUGUAGCGGUCACAGUGUACAGGUACCCGGCUGGGUGUUCAUCUGACUGUUCCUUUACCUACAACAACGACCAAGCACUAUAUCUCACUAUGGUCAAUGGAACACCUGGUUUGCCUGGCGAACACACUUUGACCAUCAGUGGUGAAGGUAACGCCAGCACUGUUGCAGAUGACUAUCACAUCAUGGUGGGCGACAGUUUUUGCUCGAUCGUCUCUCUCAACGCGUCACAGACGAUGACCUGGGAGGUGAUGUGUACAGCCAAGGAGCUGCCUGCUGGGACCCACGCAGUGUCUGUGGUGGUCCAGCCUGUGGGCGCCGCCCUCCACUCAAACCCUUCAGUCACCUCAAACUACAGUGUCUCCAUCUCCCUCACCUCCCUGUCUCCUUCUUCGGGAGGCACCGGGGGCGGCUACCCCGUCGUGGUGUCUGGCAGCGGUUUGCCAUCAACAACAUCAGGGUGGCGGGAUCAUGUGAUCACCAUCAACGGUAAUCAGUGCACCGUGACAGCUGCUUCCGUCGUCUCCGUCACCUGUAUAGCGCCACCUGGUGUUGAGGGCGUUGCCGAAGUGAACGUGGUAGUGGGAGGGAAGAAUGCGACACUGGAGGAAGGUUUUACGUAUGUGCUCAACGCCUCGCCUUCCCUCACCUCUGUCACUCCAACCACAUCUUCUGUGUUAGGUGGUGAGGAGCUGACCAUUACAGGCACUGGCUUUGGUAACGGCACUGAUGGCUGGGUUAAGGUGGGUGAUAUAGUAUGUAUUCUCCUGUGUUCUCACCUGCACCUCACCUGUUCUCCCACCUGGGUCUACGCCGGCAAGCUGGGUCAUGCCAGCGGCACUGUGAGGGUAAACUACACGCUGAAGGUCACGGCCACGUCCAGGUUGUCCGGGUCAGUCCAUGGAGGCACUCUGGUCGUGUUGAAGGGAGCUGGGUUUGGCACCAACUGUUCCCUGCUGAAGGUGGACCUUGGGGAAAAUGUGGAGUGUCAGGUCAUGGAGUGUCAUGACACGGCACUUACCUGCCGUACCCACCUCCUCCCCGUCACCCAUGUCGUCACUAACUCCGGGUCACAAUCUGGUGGUGUUGGUUUGUCAUGGGAGCCACAGGUGGUGAGGGCCAGGGAGGGAGACAAGGUCACUUGGGUGUGGAAGAAGGUCACCCCGAACUCCCAGCUGCUGUACAACGUGUUCCAGGUCACCUCACCCGCCCACUGGGAGUAUGACGGGGCUGGGUUCCAUUCUGGCUCUCCGACGUCAUCAGGCACCCUGACCGUGACCUUCCUCCACGCUGGCACCAACUACUACGCUGGAUCACCUGUGUCUGAAGAACUGGUGUUGUCAGGUCAUGUGGAGGUCACUAAGCCCGAUCAGCUGGUGUAUAAGGUCAACCUGACACUCGGGGGCGUCGAGGCGGAGUAUGACCCCAGUGAGGAAAGUGUGGGUGUAAGUGUAGCCGAGUGUGAGGACUUGGUGGAGAGUCCAGUGGUAGGAUGUGAGUCAACUACACCUACAUCACCUGACGACACCCAACACCUGUACUUCAUCACCGAUCUGUGUCUUACACCCACCGUCACUAACAUCACUACCAACACUGACCAGAGUCUUCAAGGUGUAAGAGGUGGGGUACAGGUGAGAGGCGGAUCGGAGCUAACCAUUGGUGGGUCAGGGUUCAGUACGGUGCUGUGUCAGGUACAGGUGCAGGUGGGCGCCGCUACCUGCACCGUCAUCACCUCCUCCCUCACCUCCCUCACCUGUAACCUGGACGACCUAUCACAUCUCGUAUCCCUGGUGCCAUUCCCUCUCCAAGUCACCAUCAUUAACAGAGGCACAGCCAAUACUGAGGUCAGUAGUAAUGAACACAACAUUGAUGUCAUCGUAGUGCCCGUCGUGACCUCACUACAGCCCACAGAAGGGUCCUUGGCCGGGGGCACCAUCGUCACUAUCAAAGGGAGUGGACUCCAGGCCUUCGACAACAUUGCUUCAGUGAAGUUGGGAUCAAACAGCUGUAAGGUGGUGAGUGUGUCCCCCACCUCCAUCACCUGCUCCUCCCCCCCCGCCCCGGCUGGUAGCGUCCUCCUCUACCUCACUCUCUCUGCCCUCAAGAUUCCCGUUGAAUUGGAGCAAGGGAUGGAGUUCACCUUCAGCGACACCGUCACCUCGUCAGUGAGUAACGUCAGCGUGUCUGGGGAGACUUUUAACAUCACCGGGUCACUGUUUGGCUCAGAUCCUUCGAAGGUGAUCGUCACGUUCAUUAAGACUUCUGCAAGACGCAAGAGGACUGCUGAGAACUAUGAUGGACCGUCUGUUUUUGAUGAAGAUGAUAUUUCAAAUGAGGAAACUGUAAGUGGACGAAUUAAGCGUCAUGCAAGUGACUCCUUUGACGCCUUUGACAAAUUCUUGGACGCUGGGAAUAUGUGGAGCGCAGUCACCAACACUCCUACCAUGUCUAUUCGGGAGAGAAGAGAGGUGUGGCGCGUCGCUGGCAGUCUUCCUGCGGCUGAUGAAGCGCCAGUACUGAAGGUCUCCCGCGUGAGACGCGACACAGACCAAACAGAGUUCCCGUGUGAACCCAGCUCUGUCUCUGACGAAAAUAUCGUGUGUCAGUCAGCUGGUCUGCCCGCUGGGACAUAUACAAUAUCUGUCAGUAUAGAUGGCCUCGGGAACGCCGCAGUGAACCAGGAUGUAGAGGUUACCACGAGCCCGGUGGUCACGAUGGUGAUCCCUACUGAAGGCAGCAUCAACGGCGGUACCCUCCUCACCCUAAUUGGCUCUGGCUUUACACCUGGUGAGGUGAGCGUAACAACGGGGGGCCAGGUAUGUCAGGUGGAGAGUGCCAGUGUCAAUGGUAUCACCUGCCGCACCUCAGCUCAUGACGCAGGCGCUGUCGACGUGGUGCUCAGCUCAGCAGGCGUCACCAUAACCUCGCCCUCGGCCUUCACCUACCUCACUGCCAAUUCUCCAGUUCUUACCACCAUCACGCCGAGCAUGGACGUGGAGGUUGGGACUGUAUUGACUGUGAGUGGCACUGGGCUGAGGCUGUCUGGCAGUGACCCCGAGGUCCUGAUCGGUGGAACCACUUGUACUGUCACCGCUGCUACUGAUACAACCGUCACGUGUUCUGCACCUGACCUAGCAGGAGGGUCACACGCCGUCGUGGUCCGUGACUCCCAAUAUGGUGACUCAAAUGGUGACCGCAGUGUGACCUACAGCUUCUCCAUCACCUCUGUAUCACCAACCACAGGAGGGUUCGGCGGCAUAGAUAUAGUUAUAAGUGGACACGGAUUCGACCCCGAGGGAGGGACCACAGUCGGUGUGUGUGGCAGUACCUGUACCUCCAAUCCGACCUCUACAUCUACCUCCAUCACCUGCACCGUACCUCCUAAGAUUCCAGAUGGGGUGACUGUGGUGGCGUGUGACGUGGUGGUGUCUAAUCCUGAUGGUUCACAGCAGACAGCAUCUAACGGAUUUACUUACGACGGCAACUUCACCCCAACCAUCACGGGCGCCUCACCUGCCAGGGGAGGCACGGCGGGCGGCACACAACUUACCAUCACAGGGGAUAACUUUGCCCCUUCAGAUAACGAGGUGACCAUCGAUGGAUCACCUUGCCUGGUGAUGACUGAGAGUGUUACGACCAUUACAUGUGUUACGGAGGCUCAUGCGGGCCCUGGCAGCUUCCCCGUCACCGUCACAGUUCCCCAAGCUGGCUACGCCCUCAAUAACGAUGACAUUAAAUUUUUCUACAUUGACCUCUGGAGUUCAGAGUUCACGUGGGGAGGUGACACCGUUCCUUCUGAGGGUCACUUGGUGGUGGUCAACGAGAACCAGACCAUUCUGCUUGAUCAGUCUACACCUGUGCUCAAGAUGCUCCUCAUCAAGGGAGGCCAGGUGACCUUCGACCAGGAGGCCACGGAGAUCAUCCUGCGGGCGGAGUACAUCCUAAUAGUGGAGGGCGGGUCACUGGUGGUGGGCACGGAGACGGAGCCUUACCCGGGCGAAGCGGUCAUCGAACUACAUGGAAACACCCGCUCCAUUGAACUUCCUAUCUACGGCGCUAAGGUGAUAGCGGUGCGUCAUGGGAACCUUGAUCUUCACGGUUUACAUGUACCUGUCACCUGGACUCACCUAGCCUCCACCGCACCUGCCGGAGCCACCACCAUCACCCUCACCCAGAGUGUUACCUGGAAACCUAAAGACCAUAUUGUCAUCGCCAGCACUGAGAGAAUGUUUAUCAACAACGAAAAUGAAGUGGGAGAAAUCCAAUCGGUGUCAGAAGACGGUCUACUGGUGACUCUCACUAAGCCUCUUCAGUACCAACACCUCUCCCUCCAGCAGACUCUCGGGGGUCGAACUGUUUACACACAGGCCGAGGUCGGACUUUUAACCCGAAAUGUCAAAGUUCGAGGAGCUGUCAACACAAACUUUAAUAAACAAAUUCCCCCAUCUGAUGACACUUGUACACCGAGUCAGUUUAAUACUCCGCCUUGCUUCAAUGGCAAGUUUGGGGACGAGUUGGGCGGUGAUGAGUUUGGGGCGACGAUCAUGUUCUCCGGGAAGAGGCCCAGCGAGGAUCUUGUCUGGGGUCGCCUUGAGAAUGUGGAGAUCACCGAGGGUGGCCAGGCGUACCAGUUGGGUCGCCACCCCAUCAACUUCCACUUGGCGGGCAGCGUGGAGGGUUCGUACGUGCGUGGGUGCUCUCUCCAUCACAACUAUAACCGUGCCAUCACCAUCCACGCCACUCAACACCUCACCGUCCGCCACAACGUCAUAUACAACACGAAGGGCCACGCGGUAUUUACAGAAGACGGCGUUGAGGUUGGGAAUGUCAUGGAAUAUAACCUGGUCGUGUUUACAAGGCCUUCAUCCUCCAUGCUCAACACAGACUUCACACCUGCUGCUUUCUGGGUGACCAACCCCGACAACAUAAUACAAAGCAACGCCGUGGCUGGAGGAACACACUUUGGCUUCUGGUAUCACCUUGACUAUCGCCCGACAGGUUACUCCUCCCGAGCCUACAACACCUUUCCCAACAGACAACGGAUGGGCCAGUUCGCUAACAACACCGCUCACUCCUUGGGCAGGUACGGGCUCUGGGUGUUCUCAAGAGCUGGUUAUUACCCUACGGGAAUAAGCCAGGUGGCCACUUGGGAGCACUUCACGGCGUGGAGGUGUGAGCGAGGGGCAGAAGCGGUGCUGGGGGGAGCAUUGCAGUUCCACAACUUCGUGGCGCUGGAUAAUGACUUGAACGGGCUGGAGAUGGUCAACGUGAAAGGAAACUUCGGCCAAGAUGAUGGCCCAGGCAUCUUCAACUCCCUGGUGGUCGGGUAUUCCUCCCUGCUCACUCCUGAGGGCUGUGGGUCGAGGGUGAGCGGCAUCACAGCUCCCGGGUCUGAUGUGUUCAAUAUCGCCGACACCGACUUCGUCAACUAUGAUACGGCCAGCUGCACCGCCCUGGCCGGCUGCUCCAAGUGUGGGUACCAUCAGGGAGGGUACAAGACCCAAGUGAAAAAUCUUACUUUCCACAACUCUCCAAAUAAGCUGACCUUCAAGUGGCAGCAUGAGAGUGUGUGGAUAGACACAGAUGGCUCACUUACUGGGAUACCCGAGGCUCGAGUCUUACCAGCUACGGACCUCCUCCACCCCACUACCUGUGACCUGGCUGUACCUGCCUUCUCUAACCCUAAAGUUAGUGGAGCUGUGUGUUCUCCGCCCAUCAAGUUCUUACGGUUCUUUAUGAGGAGGAAUACCGUCAAGCCUUCCUCCCUGUCGAGCCGUAACCUGUUAGUGUCCAAUUCUCACGGCAACAUCACCGUCCCUGUCACCUCCCUUGGCUGGAUGGCUGUCAUCUCUACACUUGAGACGUACAAUUUGGCCUUCGAUUAUUCUGAGCAGAUCACAAACAUCACCUACAGAGCCGACACUAAAUACGUUACACCUGGCGAUUAUUACUACGUUGAGCAUCAGUUUAUCCAGACUCCUGACAAGUUCAAGACGACCAAUGUGGAGAAGGAGAGCUCUGUCGCUAUACCUGACCCAGCCACUGCCAUCCACGGUGACUACUACUGGGAUGAGGAGACUCGCACGAUGACUUACAUAGUACAUGGCAAACUGUCGAGGAAGAAGCGAGAAGUGUUUGAUGACCGAGAGAAGGGAUCUGAUAGAAACAUUUAUUUUCAAGUCUACAGGUGUAUGUAUGAGGGUUGUAUCACCCCGACACUGCCCGCCCCUAUUACGGAACAAGAAGUCUCCGCCCUCUGGUCUCACAAUGAAACCUGGAAGAACGAGAGUGAUGGAACCUACCACAUCCCAGUUGAUGGAGAUAACCUCACCGUCCCUCAAGGUAUGCGGUUGGUGGUGGACACCGAGACGCCCUCCCUCAGCACUGUGACUGUGUAUGGCACCCUCGUGUUUUCUGACACCAUGGACCAUGAGUUUGUAGCCAACAUCAUCUUCAUCCAGGGUGGAGAAGUGAAGGCAGGUGAUAACGAGACUGACCCCUUCACCCACAAGCUGACCAUCACCCUGAAAGGCUCCCACGACCCCGACGACCCGAACAACAAGGAUAUGCCCAUGCCUAAUGGUGUCCCCAGUGUGGGAUGGAAGGCUAUAGGUGUGUUUGGUCAGCUGAGUCUUUAUGGCCAAUCGGAGGGCAGAUGCUGGGUGAAGCUGGGGUCGACGGCUGCUGCUGGUCAAUCACAAAUCACUCUUACUGAACCUGUCGACGCCCCCUCCUGGUUGAAUAAAACGGUUAUGAUUACAACAUCAGGGAAGGAAGCAACAGAGACGGAGAUAAGGACAGUGGUCGAGGUGUCUGGUACAACACUGACCCUGGACGUCCCUCUCACUCACCAACACCUGGGUUCCAAGCACACCCUGCCUGACGGUAGCACAGAGUACCUGUUAGCGAGUGAGGUGGGUCUGCUGACGCGGAACAUCGUUGUGCAGGGCAACACCUACCCGGGCCACGAGGAGGAGAGCUUCGGCGCCAGGAUUCUGGUCUCUAAACUCACCUCAGAGGGGAUCACUUACAUAGGAAAAGCUCAGCUCUAUAACGUGGAGCUGAGGCGAGCGGGCCAGGAAGGUUUCACGAACACGGACGAUCCUCGCUACUCUCUGGCCUUCCAUGGUCUGGGUGAAGACGGGUCGGACAGCUGGGUCAAGAGAUGUUCCUUCAACCUCAACUACAACACAGCCAUCGGGACCUUCGGCACCAACAACCUGGUGGUGGAGGAUAAUGUUGUCUACCACACCGUCGGCUCCUGUAUCCGGGACGAGGGGAACAACAACACCUUCAGAGGGAACCUGGUGUCUGUAAUGCUGUUCACUGGGACGUACAGAGGGAGGCGUGAGAACCAAAACACAUUCUGGUUCGCGGGCUUCUCCCUUACCAAGGCUUCAAAUACCAUCUUGGAAAACAACAUUGUAGCAGGUUCAGAACAAGUUGGUUUCCAGACCUAUGGAGAAUCAUGUGAUGUUGAGAGCAGGUGGACUAAUAAUGAAGUUCACAGCGCCAUCUACGGUGUCCAGAUGAAGAGAACAGGGGGAACGACUUCUCGCGAGCAGUGUCAACGCCUGGCGAACUUCUACGUCUGGCGAGCUUGGUUCACCGCCUUCUAUAUGGAGCACUACGCUUCUCUCCUCCUCAGUAAUGUACUGGCUGUGGACUGCUAUAGAGGAGUGACCCAGCAGGUGUACGGCCCUCCAGCCAUCUCUCACACCUACCAAGACAAGACCGCUACUGUUCAAGACUCGGUGUUCGUCGGGGCCUCCCCUGAUCACACCUGCGACUACGUCAGGUCCAAGGCGGACAUCCAGGACUUCUACGGCGGGGUGUUGGGUUCACAAGAUCAAGGAGAAGGCAAUGUUGGGGUGUUGCUGUCAGUCUUCCUCUCUAGAGCUUCCAUAAACAGUUACCCGGCCCUACACGGAGCCUCCUACAUCACAAGGGUCAGGUUCGCUCAUUACGAGACCCGGGAGUGUGGCAAAGACGUGGCUAUCAUGACGAACUACAACGCUGAUGACGCCACCCAUCCAGUGUUUGUUCAAGGCCUUACUUUCCUCGACACACCUCACGAUAAUUACCUCUUCCUCCACAGACCCAAGCUGCAUCUGGUGAACCCGGGAGAUUGUGUUGACAUGGAUUGUGACGGCCACAAGAAAGUUCUCAUACAGGACGUGGAUGGAUCACUCUCAGGUAAUAAUGACACGUCCACGAUCACAUCUGUUGCGGAGUACGAGUGGGACGGUGCUGCAGCUCACGGUGUGGGAGACUACCGCAUCCCUGUCAGUCUACAACAGAACAUAGACGGCUCUCAGAUUGAAGCUAAUGACAAGUUCCCCAACAAGGGCAUCGUGAGGGACGGGUCGUGCGUGGAGGAGGCGGCGUGGCAGGCCUGGCGGUGCACCACACUCGCCCACCGCAUGUUGGUGCUAGAGAGCCUCGAUGUUGACACUGAGGUCCGCCGACUCUCACCUAUCGCUCUCAUCGCCAACCCAGGCAUAGAUGGCUACGUGGACCUGGUGAACGGACCCAAGGAUCAUGGCUGGUGUCUGGGUUACAGCUGUCAAGAACGCAUCUCUACCUUCUACUCCAUCGUGGCCACCAACCAUGUGUACGAAGUAGCCAUGACCGGUACCCCGCCUCAGAAACUCCGUCUCCACCUACUCCACACAGCUCCGGGUGAGUCGGUGGUAUUACGACUCUUCUACCCCAAAUCUCAACGUUAUGAUGUGUACGUGGACGACACCUUUAUCCCUCCUACGAACAUCGAUAACGACGAGUUUCCUGACGCCUACCAGCUCGUUCCCGAUUACCUAGAUGAUCCAGAGGCCUUCUUCCCAACCCUGAAUGAUACUGUGGGGACCAACUACCUACAGAGAAGAGCCAAGUUUCUACACGUGGUAGUUGGUGGGGGCCAAGUCGUGGACAUUAUAAUGACUCCUGCCAUCAUCCUCACGCUGGGCAUUGUGGUUGACAUCGACAGUAUCUUCGAGGAGGAUGUGGUGAAUAAUAUGGCCCUCCUACUCGACGUGCCCGUAGAGAACAUCAGGAUUACGGAUAUCAUCCGGGAGGACGGAGGGAGGAGGAAGAGAGGUACCUCAAAAAAUGUUGGGUUUAGGUUUGAGGUAGCAGGUCCCCCAGCGCCCUCGGGGAAGAACAAGACAACGAACAUCACAGGUGACGUCCUGGACUACGAUCAGCUGCUGGAGAAAACUAAGAACUUAGUCCUCGAAUUUCAGAGUUCUUGCAGUACCUGUAACCUCAGCAUUACCACGAUGAUGGUAACCCUGCCAGUUCCUCCUCCCGAAGACCCUGGACCACCAGCUACCAAAGAAGAAGGGUUUGUGGUCAUCCCGGGUGGCGAGAUAUUCAGCAAUAUUCAGCAGCAGGAGGAACAGCAGAAUUUGGUGAAGAGUUUGACAGGAGAGAUAUUUGAGGUACCAAAAUCUCUACGUUUGGUGGAGGAAGUGCCGCCAUCGAUGCCUGCUUUCUUCGUGUUCCCUACCCAACUCUCAGUCUCUGCCCUGACGGAUGGAGGUGCAGUGGUUAACACCCUGGGCCUCAGUACAGACCCCUGGAUGAUAACAGUCAGGCUCACUGGAGGACCCCCGGAAGCCGUUCUGCAGGGUACGACCACUGUGGCCUACAGGAACGGCUCUGCUACGUUUACAGAUUUGUCAGUCAAUACAACGGGUGUUGGCUAUGGUCUAAAUUUCAGCAUCUCUCAUCCUCAGAGCGCGCCUCAGUUAGCUGUCCAGUCAGCGUCCUUCAAUAUCGACCUGAAGCCAGCAAAACUCCUCGUAAUGAUGCCUGAGUCAGUUAUAGCCAGUCAGUUGUUCAGCUUGAAUGUCUCCCUGGUGUACGAGGACGCCCAGAACAACACCCCUGUGAACCCCGCCCACCUUCAGGGCCAGACCAUGACAGGAAGUAUCACCAUCGAGCCUGAGGGAGUUAUACAGGGCAACGUGAGCUUCGAGCUACAAGGAGGGGAAAUGUCAAGUUUCUCUUUGGUUGACCUUCGUAUCGACUCCCCACGGGCCUACACAUACACCAUACAGGCUGUUGUUAUGCCUGCUGACUGGAGGCUUACGGCCAAUGGACGGCUUGUGGUGGGGUCCGGGCAGCAGGAGGAUGAGAUGGCAGUCGAGUUUAUGUUCCUAAGCAUCAGACAAUUGAUGGCGUUGGUUAACAGGAGAAGGUGCAGGAGUACCACAUCCACCAUCCGGCAAUUCGCGGAGGCAAUGCAGGCGGCCAUGAGGGAGCCAGUUGGUACAGUCAUAGACAGGAACAACAUGAGGCUCACAAUCAAGAGCAAGAGACGUUUCGUGGUUGCAGCUGUGUCAGGCGCUUCGACCACAGUGAAGGAGUUAACGAGGAGCCUGUGUCAAGAUAGAAGGCUCAGGAGGACAAUAUUCCGCCUCGUUGUCGAUAGGAGACGACUCACCUGCCCGAGCUUCCUGAGGCUGUACAGAGAAAGACCCGGGUAUCCCAGCUUUAGACGAAGUUUAAUGAGACCUGCUUAUUUUUAUAGGAGUUAUUACCGACGUUAUAUGCGAAGGAAUUAUUAUUAAGUACUGCAGAUGUUAAUAGGAUGAUUGACGAGGAUACGAUAAAAUCUUAACAUAAAUAGAAAUACCGAGCUAGUAAUUAAUCCUCGUGUGUUUAUGUAUUUCUGAAUGUUUAUUUUUAUCUUAUUUGUGUUUCUCCCUCUGCUUCUCUCUCUCUCUCUGCUUCUCUCUCUCUCUCUCUCUCUCUCUCUCUCUCUGCUUCUCUCUCUCUGCUUCUCUCUCUUUCUCUCUCCCACCCAUAGAAACGUAAUGCCAAUCAGAUCACUUCAGGACAGGUGGAGUCAUGGGUCCUGUUCAUUAAACAAUUCAAAUUCUCAGUUGUUGAUUGAAUCUGACUAAUUUGUUCUUUAACUUAAAAAAAAAGACGUAGAAUAACUAACCUAACCUAAGCAGCCACUGACAAUUACUACACUAACACUAAAGUUUAGGUUAUAAUUAGCUCUGUAAAUCAAGUAUGUUUAAUAUGGUCUCGGUAUAUCAAUUCAUUAUUAUAAUUUGACGUCUUUAAUGUGUGUUAUUUUGAAAGUUUUCUCCACGUGAACAAAUUACUGUUAACAAAUAAUUAAUAUUAAUAAAAUUUAAAGGUUUA